UCUUUCCGCAAUUGAGCGAGCGGUGGAGACCAAGGCCAACAAUAGACCUGAAGAGCACAGGAUCACAGCGAUCCAGGCUGUAAGUAAUUGACGGGCGGUUGAGGACCUUGAGCUCGGGGUUCGUCGGAUACAAACUAACAAGCAAGUCAAAACGCAACCUCGAUUACAAUUAAGAUCUUGUUAGGGAGAGGGAGAAAGAGACAGAGAGAAGAUGAUCGCUGACGGAGUGGAAGACGAAGAGAAGUGGCUAGCGGCAGGAAUUGCCGGCCUUCAACAGAACGCCUUCUAUAUGCAUCGGGCUUUGGACUCGAACAACCUUAGAGACGCUUUGAAGUAUUCAGCACAGAUGCUCUCAGAACUGCGGACUUCGAAGCUCUCCCCUCACAAGUACUAUGAACUUUACAUGCGAGCAUUUGAUGAAUUGAGGAAGCUGGAGCUGUUCUUCAAGGAAGAGACGCGGCGUGGUUGCUCGAUUAUUGAUUUGUAUGAACUUGUACAGCAUGCUGGUAACAUAUUGCCUAGAUUGUAUCUCCUCUGUACUGUAGGGUCUGUAUACAUAAAGUCUAAAGAAGCUCCUGCAAAGGAUGUUCUUAAGGAUCUUGUGGAAAUGUGUCGUGGCAUUCAGCAUCCUGUACGCGGGCUCUUCUUAAGGAGUUAUCUUUCUCAAGUCAGUAGGGAUAAGUUACCUGACAUUGGUUCUGAGUAUGAAGGGGAUGCUGACACAGUCAUGGAUGCUGUGGAGUUUGUGCUGCAAAAUUUCACUGAGAUGAACAAGCUGUGGGUGCGGAUGCAACAUCAGGGACCUGCCCGGGAAAAGGAGAAGCGGGAGAAAGGAAGGAGCGAGCUACGUGAUCUUGUUGGGAAGAAUCUGCAUGUCCUCAGUCAGAUAGAAGGUGUUGACCUUGAUAUGUACAAAGAUACUGUACUUCCAAGAGUCCUUGAACAGGUUGUCAAUUGUAAAGAUGAACUUGCUCAGUUCUAUUUGAUGGAUUGCAUUAUUCAGGUCUUUCCAGAUGAGUAUCACUUGCAAACUCUUGAAGUGUUGUUGGGUGCCUGUCCUCAGCUUCAGCCAUCUGUUGAUAUCAAGACAGUGCUCUCUAGAUUGAUGGAGAGACUCUCAAAUUAUGCAGCUUCAAGUGCAGAAGUUUUACCCGAGUUCUUGCAAGUAGAAGCUUUUUCAAAAUUGAACAAUGUCAUAGGGAAGGUCAUAGAAGCACAGGUUGAUAUGCCUAUCUUCGGAGCCGUGACCUUAUAUUCAUCUCUCCUUACAUUUACUCUCCAUGUUCAUCCUGACCGGCUGGAUUAUGCAGAUCAAGUGUUGGGAGCAUGUGUUAAGAAAUUAUCAAGCAAAGGAAAGCUUGAAGACAGCAGAGCCACGAAACAAAUUGUAGCACUUUUAAGUGCUCCAUUGGAGAAAUAUAAUGAUGUUGUCACUGCAUUGAAGCUUUCAAACUACCACCAUGUCAUGGAAUACCUUGACAAUGAAACGAAUAAAAUCAUGGCAACUGUCAUAAUUCAAAGUAUUAUGAAAAACAACACACGAAUUUCUACUGCCGACAAGGUUGAGGCAUUAUUUGAAUUAAUAACAGGGCUUAUCAAGGAUUUGGAUGGAAAUCAUGAAGAGGUUGAUGAAGAUGAUUUCAAAGAGGAGCAGAAUUCCGUUGCACGUCUUAUUCAGAUGCUGCAUAAUGAUGAUCCAGUGGAAAUGUACAAGAUCAUAUGUACAGUAAGGAGGCAGUUCAUGACUGGGGGACCAAAGCGUUUACCCUUCACUAUUCCUCCUCUUGUCUUUUCUUCUCUUAAGUUGGUUAGGCGACUGCAAGGCCAAGAUGAAGGCCAAGAUGAAAAUCCUUUUGGAGAUGAGUCAUUGACUACGCCAAAGAAAAUUUUUCAGCUUUUGAAUCAGACAAUUGAGGUGCUGUCAACUGUCCCAGCACCUGAACUAGCAUUACAGCUGUACUUACAAUGUGCAGAGGCUGCCAAUGACUCUGAUUUAGAACCUGUUGCAUAUGAAUUUUUUACCCAAGCAUAUAUUCUAUAUGAAGAAGAAGUCUCAGAUUCCAAAGCACAGGUGACUGCGCUGCAUUUAAUAAUAGGGACUCUACGAAGGAUGCAUGUCUUUGGUAUUGAGAAUAGAGAUACAUUGACACACAAAGCCACGGGGUAUUCUGCUAAGCUUUUAAAGAAGCCUGAUCAGUGCAGAGCUGUAUAUAGUUGUGCACAUCUUUUUUGGGUUGAUGAUCAAGAUAACAUGAAAGAUGGAGAGAGGGUUCUAAUUUGCCUAAAGCGUGCUCUAAGAAUUGCAAAUGCUGCUCAACAAAUGUCCAAUGCAACACGAGGUAGCACUGGAUCAGUCACACUCUUUGUUGAGAUUCUGAGCAAGUAUCUCUAUUUCUUCGAGAAGGGGAACCCACAGGUAACUGCUGCUGCAAUACAGAGCCUGAUUGAAUUGAUUAACACUGAGAUGCAAAGUGACUCUAGUACACCAGACCCUGCUGCUGAUGCUUUCUUUGCCAGCACACUGCGGUACAUCCAGUUCCAGAAACAGAAAGGAGGAGCAAUUGGUGAAAGGUAUGAGGCCAUCAAGAUGUGAUGGGAUGAUUGGAUGACAAAUGCCUUUCAUGUUAUUGAUUCAAAUAUAAUUGCUGCCAUUGACUAGUCCUGUGGAGCAGGGCUUAUGUGCUUAUGUUCUUGGGUAAGCGCAAUGUUGAAAACCUAUCUGCUUAUUGGUUUACUACAAAGUCAUUCACCACAAAUUAUUGAUGGUUUAGGAAAUUAACCAAGUACAAAGUUCAAGUUUGUCUAUUUUUUUGAGGUUUUGGUAACAUGAUACCAACCGUCCUUAAUUAAUGUUUUCUCUUAUUUCUGGGUUGUCUGAUCUCGAAUUGCUGAACUACAGUUGCUAAGGAAAUAUGAAAAUGGGUGUGCCUUGAUCAAAUAAAAGAUGAGAUUCGUAGUUGAA